CUAGCUGCAACCAUAACUCUUCGGAGUCGCCAAACGCCAGCGCUUCUCUCCAUUGACAAUGGAGCGGCUCUGCUACAAGUUCGACCUCGGGUCGCAGCAUCACCUCUCGCCGUCUCACGCCAUCCUCACCCGAUUCUCUUCUUCCCCGUCGCCAUCGCCGUCGCCAUUGCCAUUGCCGUUGCCGUUGCCGUUGCCGUUGCCGUCCUCUUCUUCUUCUUCUUCUUCUUCCGCUUCGCUCGGGUUGCGCCGCGCGACGCGGCGGCGAUGGAGGGCCUGCUCCGCUUCUCGUCCGCCCGCGGAGCCCGCGCCCCACGAUCGUCCUUCGCUCGCGUCGAUCGGGAAGGGCCUCUUCGGUUUCGCCGCCGCCGCCGCCGCCUUCGCUUCCGUGUGCGGCGGCGGCUCCCCGGCCGUCGCGGAGUCCCUGACCGUCGCGUUUCCGGCUUCUCACGUUCGAGAGGUAAAUACAGUUCAGAGAACGCUGGUCGAGGCUUGGGGUUUGAUCAGGGAGACGUUCGUUGAUCCGACAUUCAACCAUCAAGAUUGGGAUUCGAAACUGCAGCAAACGAUGGUGGAAAUGUUCCCUCUGAGGUCGGCUGAUGCAGCAUAUAAUAAGAUCGGUGCCAUGCUUUCUACUCUAGGAGAUCCCUUCACACGGAUUAUUAGCCCAAAGGAAUAUCAAAGUUUCAGGAUUGGAAGUGAUGGAAAUUUGCAAGGAGUUGGCCUCUUCAUAAAUGCUGAACCAAAAACAGGGCAUUUGGUAGUGUUAUAUUGUGUGGACGAUAGCCCUGCUGCUCGUGCUGGUAUACAUGAAGGGGAUGAGUUGAUUGAGAUUGACGGGGAGAUACUUGAAGGUGUCGGCAGUGAAGUUGCAGCACAGAAACUCAGAGGUCGUGCGGGCACCACUGUUACAGUAAAAGUGCACAGUGGUACUGAUGGGGGAAGUGCUUCUACUGUUAGAGAGGUCAAACUACCCCGCGAGUACAUCAAACUUUCUCCUGUAUCCACUGCCGUUAUUCCUCAUAGAAUGCCUGAUGGUAGUAUCACAAAGACUGGUUAUGUUAAAUUGUCAGCCUUCUCCCAGAAUGCUGCCGCUGAUGUGGAAAGUGCUAUUCAGGAAAUGGAACGCCAGGAUGUUCGCUCAUACAUAUUGGAUCUACGGGACAAUCCGGGAGGCCUGGUAAAGGCUGGGCUUGAUGUUGCACAGAUGUGGCUUGAUGGGGAUGAGACCCUUGUGAACACUAUUGAUCGUGAUGGGAAUUUGCAACCUAUCAACAUGAUCGAUGGGCAUGCAAUAACACAUGAUCCGCUUGUUGUGCUUGUCAAUGAGGGAAGUGCCAGCGCAAGUGAGAUAUUGGCAGGAGCUUUGCAUGAUAAUGGCCGUGCUAUUCUUGUGGGGAACAAAACUUUUGGCAAGGGCAAAAUUCAGAGUGUAAUGGAACUCCAUGAUGGAUCGGCUCUAUUCGUCACAGUAGCAAAGUAUCUAUCUCCUUCUCUCCACGACAUAGACCAAGUUGGUAUAACUCCUGAUGUCCAGUGCACGGCUGACAUGAUUAAUGUGCCCAAGGAGUCAUUGUUUAAAGAAAAAAGCUCCGUCUCAACCUUGGAAGCCGAUUCCUGCAUCAUGGUCGCCGAACAUGAGUUGGACAUUCAGGAGUCGAAAGGUACAGCUUCCUGAAGGAUGGAAAUGUCGGAUCCAUUCGAUCUCAUAGUGUAGACUGUCUGUACAGAUCGCUCAUGAUGAACAAGUGUCUAUAUAGAUCUUGAAGGGCUGGACUGAGUGUAGCCGCCCCAGCAUAUACAAAAUUAAAUUGCUCCAGAAUAGCAAAUGAAUUCAUCCUCAAGUUUUGAUUCUA